AUGGCCCCUGAAGACCAAAUAAUCCUCAUCACAGGAGCCUCUGGUUUCUUGGCUUCCCAUGUUGUGGACUAUUUCCUCCGCGCUGGAUACCAAGUCCGAGGAACCGUUCGGUCUUCCGCAACUGCUGAAAAAGUCCGACAGACUUUCUCUGGCUACGCGCCCCAAUUGACCUUAGCCAUUGUUGAGGAUGUCGCUAGGCCAGGAGCCUUUGAUACCGCCGUUAACGGUGUUCAUGGAGUGGUCCAUACAGCUGCUCCAUUCCAGGUCUUCGGAGUUGAGGAUAAUGAGCGGGACCUACUCAAACCGGCCAUCGAUGGGACCCUCAACAUUCUCAAAUCUGUCCGUGAAUUUGCUCCCCAAGUCAAACGUGUUGUCUUAACUUCCUCGUUUGCUGCUAUGUUUGACCCUACCAAGGACAAGUGGCCUGGUCAUGUCUACUCCGAGCUGGACUGGAAUCCAACGCCCUACGAAGCUGCCGCGGCUGAAGGUGCUCCGGCCGGGUUGGCCUACUCAACUGCGAAAUCGUUGGCUGAGCGUUAUGCCUGGGACUUUGUUAAGAGCAACAAAGUGAAUUUUGAUAUCACGACAAUUAUGCCGCCAAUGAUAUAUGGCCCCAAUAUCAACGCCACUGCCGACCUUGCCAAGUUAAAUACUUCUUCCAUGGAUAUUUACCGCCUAAUGUCGCCACAGUCCAAAUCCAGCGAUCCAGUUCCGGAGAAUAUGUUUUGGUCAUUUGUGGACGUGCGUGAUGUGGCUGAGGCACACUUGCGCGCUUACCAGGUGGUUGAAGCUGGGGGUGAGCGUUUCUUCAUUUGUAAGGGCAACUUUACCUACCAGCAAUUUGUAGAUGCUCUGCGGGCCCAUCUUCCUGACAUCAAGGCCCGAGUGCCUAUUGGGAAUCCUGGCGCGGGGGAAGUUCCAUCCGAUGUUUACACUAUCGACACAUCCAAAUCGCAAAGAAUCCUGGGUUUGAAGUAUCGUCCCUUGGAGGAAACAAUUGUCGAUGCUGCACGGUCUUUGCUAGAUCUAGAGGCUAUGAGUGCUUAG